AUGAUCUGUCUCCUAAAUAGUGCCUCAUCCGGUAUCGGUUCCGCCGUCGCUCGUCAACUAAUACUCGAUGGAGUGACCAACCUUGCGCUCAUCGACCUCUCACCCAUGCCCUUAAUUUCAACCACCGAAAGCCUUCUUUCCCUCCCCAAAGAGUCUACCAUUCUCACCCUCUCCUACGACAUCUCUAUAGAAGACGAAGUUGAUUGUGCAAUGUCUGAGACGAUCCAAAAAUUCGGACGCAUAGAUAUCUGUUUCAACGCAGCUGGAGUCUCAGGAAGGCUAACUGGAACAGCGGAUGCGAAAUCCGUUUUUCUAGACAAUGUUCUGGAUGUCAAUUUGAAGGGAUUGUGGCUUUGUGAACGCGCGGAACUGAGACAAUUCUUGAAGCAGGAGGAGCGAGAUGUUUGCACCGGACUGCCUAUCAAAACCCGCGGUUCCAUCCUCAAUGUUGGAUCAAUAGCUAGCCACUCCGCACUACCCAAUUCAGCACCUUAUGUCAUGUCUAAACAUGGAGUCCUCGGCCUCACUCGCACCGACAGCACAGACUAUGCCAGCAAAGGUAUACGUAUAAAUUGUAUCUGUCCCGGAUUUAUCGACACGCCCAUGGUAACUAGCUUCCUAGAAAACGAAGAUCAAAAAUCCGCCCUCCUCGCCCGUACUCCCGUCGCACGCCUAGGUCUCCCGGAAGAAGUAGCAUACACAGCCUCCUUCCUUCUUUCCGACCGCGCGAGUUUCAUCACCGGAGUUGGUAUUGAUGUUGAUGGUGGUCGGAGUAGUCAUUGA